CCCGGGGCCGGUGAGGCGGCGAAGGGGGAGGGGAGGAAUCAAGGGAUGAGCGCCGGGAGGGCGUCGGGGGCCCUGAGCCGCACUAGGACGCCCCUGGAGCCGGAACCCGAGCGGAAGCCGGAACCAGAACCAAAUCACCGCUGCAGCCCCCUAAACCCAGGAGGCGCCCUGGCCCGCGCUCGCCCCCCAGGACCUCAUGUCGGAACCACAGCCUGACCUGGAACCGCCCCAACAUGGACUGUACAUGCUCUUCCUGCUUGUGCUGGUCUUCUUCCUCAUGGGCCUAGUAGGCUUCAUGAUCUGCCACGUGCUCAAGAAGAAGGGCUACCGCUGCCGCACGUCGAGGGGCUCUGAGCCUGACGAUGCUCAGCUUCGGCCCCCUGAGGAUGAUGACAUGAAUGAGGACACAGUGGAGAGGAUUGUUCGCUGCAUCAUCCAAAAUGAAGCCAAUGCUGAGGCCUUGAAGGAGAUGCUGGGGGACAGUGAAGGAGAAGGGACAGUGCAGCUGUCCAGUGUGGAUGCCACCUCCAGCCUGCAGGACGGAGCUCCCUCCCAUCAUCACACAGUGCACCUGGGCUCUGCAGCCCCUUGCAUCCAUUGCAGCCGCAGCAAGAGGCCUCCACUUGUCCGCCAGGGACGGUCCAAGGAAGGAAAAAGCCGCCCCCGGACAGGGGAGACCACUGUGUUCUCUGUGGGAAGGUUCCGGGUGACACACAUUGAGAAGCGCUAUGGACUGCACGAACACCGUGAUGGCUCCCCCACGGACAGGAGCUGGGGCUCCGGUGGGGGACAGGACCCAGGGGGUGGUCAGGGGUCUGGAGGAGGACAGCCCAAGGCGGGGAUGCCUGCCAUGGAGCGGCUGCCCCCAGAGAGGCCACAGCCCCAGGUCCUAGCCAGCCCCCCAGUACAGAAUGGAAGACUCAGAGACAGCAGCCUAGCCCCUUGUGCACUUGAAGGGAACCCCAGAGCCUCUACAGAGCCAACACUGAGGGCUGGAGGGAGGGGGCCUAGCCCAGGGCUGCCCACUCAAGAGGAAAAUGGGCAGCCAAGCAAACCGGACACUUCUAAUCACCAGGUGUCUCUACCACGGGGAGCAGGGGGUAUGUGAGAAGCCAUCAUCUACUCCAUCUUGGGCCCGGGGAAGCAGACGGAUGAGCGCCCCCUCGGGGAAGCUCAGCUCCUCUACACUCUGUCCGGUGUAGCUGUACAGGGCCCGCGCCAGGAAUGCUACAGAGGCCGAGAGACGGUGAGAGGGAGGCGGGUGGCGGUGCGCCAGGACCCUGACACCCCAGGGCUAUAACCCCUAACAAUUCUCCAUACCAAGGGUUCCCUGACCCAAAAUUUCCCUUUCUUACCUGUGGGCUCUGCCCCGGAGGGAUUGUCACUGUCUUGGCCGUUCUCUGGGAGGGAGAGGUCGGGGAAGUUGAGAUACCGCUCAGGGACAAAGCCUACCUCGCCGUGCUGGUUCCGAGCCUGCUCACCCAGCAAUGGGAAUAGAUAUCAGACUUACCUCAGCAGUCCAUGACCCUGGCUCUCCUCUACUCAGGCUUGUAGCUUUUCCUGGCUGGGUCCAUGGGAGCCACAGAGAAGUCCCUCCCACUGCCCCCAACCCAAAGUCACAGCCCAGGGUCCCAUACCCACCUUCACCCAUUCGUCAGCGUCUCCCUCCUCUAUGACCUCCAGCCACUCACCCUCCAUGAUGGUCAGCUCAUCCUCAUGCCCUGCCUGGGCCACACACGAAGGAUUAAGGACUUGGCUGUCCCCCCACCCUUGCCCAUCAGAGGUCCCCAUACAAUUCAUACCUGAUAGCGAAAUACUACAUGUGCAGGGCAGGGGAGGGGCCUGGUGGCCAGGGCUGAGGGGGCAGGCUCCUCAAAGAGCUCUCCAGUCUCCUCACAUUCCUCAAAGUCAGAAAGGUCAGCAUCCUCAGCCUGGAGGGGCAAAGAACAGACCUCAUAUGGGGCCCACUCUCAAGCACUGGUUCUAUCUCCCACUCUUCCAUCUUCCCCCUGAAGGACACCAUGGAUUCCCCCUCCAAGGUAGUAGCACCCAUCCACUCAUCCUGUACACAACCACAGUCACCACAGAGCAGGGGAAUACUAACAGUGAUAGCAGCAUUAUAGCAAUUGAGUACGUACUAUGUGCCAGGCUCAACACUAAGUAUCUUAUGUAUGUUGUCUCAUUCAAUCUUCAUAAAGAGCCAGUUUUAUUUUGCACAACUAUUAACCUCACUUUACUUACAAGGAAACUGAGGUUCAGAAGGUUAAGUCACUUUUCAAGAUUGCCCAGCUCAUAAGCGGAGUUGCUGAUAUUUAAAGCCCUUACAGAUUGCCCCGGAGCCCUACUUCUUAAUCAUUCUAUUAUGCUCAUAAUAAAAAUUUACUGAAGACUCUA